ACCAGUCUGUCCAUGGUGAUGGUCUGCCGCACGCAGUGACAAGUUGAGUCCACUCAAAGAUAGCCAGUCAUGUAGCUUUAGUUUGUACUCGGUCUUCAAACACAUUCAAUGGCGAAGCGAACUACGGCAUCGUGUCGUAAUUAUAGAAUAUAUCUUUUUUUAUGGAUCACAUUGCGUGUUUUGAGCGGUCGUGGUUUUUGGCGCGCGUUCUUUUGACCUACCAUUUUGGCAGAGCGCGCAACACUCUGAAUGUGACACCUUGGAUCGUUGACGGAUUGGGGAAAAUGCCUCGUCAAAGUUUGUCAUCGUUAAGAACUCAAACUUUGCAAUUAAUAUAUUUAAGCUUUUGCAAAAUUAAUUUGGAAUGAAUGAAGAAUGCAUAUCGUUUGGGAAAUAUUUUUGAUUUUUCAAGCAUAUUUCAUCUGGACAUCAGCACAGCUAAUUUCACCAAAGAUUCAUGACGGUUGGUGGGCGUACAAAGAUGCAGUCCAAGGGAGCUUUGUUCCAGUACCAUCCUUCUGGGGGCUAGUGAAUUCCGCCUGGAACCUGUGUGCCAUGGGAAAGAGGCAGUCGCCGGUCAACAUCGAGACCAGUCACAUGAUCUUUGACCCCUUCCUCACCCCUCUACGUCUCAACACAGGCGGACGCAGCAAGAUGGGAGGCACCAUGUACAACACAGGGCGCCACGUGUCGCUGCGGCCAGACAAGGCUCACCUGGUGAACAUCUCCGGUGGGCCUCUGGGUUACAGUCACCGGCUGGAGGAGAUCCGCCUGCACUUCGGCAGCGAGGACGGCCAGGGCUCGGAGCACCUGCUCAAUGGACAGUCCUUCCCAGCAGAGGUGCAACUUAUACACUACAACCAGGAACUCUAUGCCAACUACAGUGAGGCAGCCAAGAGCCCCAAUGGCGUAGCUAUUGUGUCCAUAUUUAUAAAGAUAUCCGAGUCUCCAAAUGUAUUCCUGAAUCGCAUGCUGAACAGAGACACCAUCACGAGAAUAACAUACAAACAUGACGCAUUCUUACUCAUGGGGCUCAACAUAGCAGAUCUAUAUCCAGACACUACACGUUUUAUAACAUACGAGGGCUCCAUGACUAUCCCGCCCUGCUUCGAGACAGCCACCUGGAUCCUCAUGAACAAACCUGUGUACGUCACACAGAUGCAGAUGCAUUCUCUGCGACUGCUAAGUCAGAAUGAGCCAUAUAAGAUAUUCCUCAGUAUGAGUGACAACACGCGGCCCGCCCAGCCUCUCCUACAGCGCUGUAUCCGCACCAACAUCAACUUCAGCAAGCAGGGCCGAGCCUGCCCCAACAACCGGGCCCUGAGGCCCCAGUAUCGAGUAAACCAGUGGCUUCUGAAGUAGGAAAAAGAUGAACAUGCUGUACACUACAACACGGUGAAAACUAAAUAUUGGAUCCUGAUUCUCAAAACUUUAUUUGAAUGUGGAAAUAAUACAUUAUCAGAAGAGAGGCUGUUUUUUGAAUAUGUUUGAGAUUGCAAAGUAAGACAAGGAAAGAUUGAAAAGUGUAACUUUUAAGGCUGCACAAAUGUAAUUAUUUUAUAGAGCUUAUGGAAAUGGGCUGUAUGGAAAUUCAGCAGGCUCCGCCAUUUACCGACCUCUGCAGUGGAGACAAAGAGGACCUCUUUUAUGACAUCAUCACCAACAUCAGAUUCACUUGAGCACCCAAAGAUCCCAAAGGACCAACACUUCUUGAAAUGAGCUAACUGUAAUCACAGAUACAACCAUAACGUGUUUUGAUACCAACAGCAUUCCAUCAGAUCUGACAACAAGCUAAGAAUCUGAAUAUGAUAAGAGGGUGCUUCUGGUGAUGAAAGCUUCUACAUAACCAUGUCACAAGCAAAAGGUGUACUGAAUAAAUGUCACAAAUGCAGAAACAUUUCCUGACCAUGUGACCUAACCAGGAAAAACUCUGGACCCCAGUAAAACACCAGGGCAUGAGAUGUUCCUGUUCAGGCCACAUAGUCAGGAAACACUCCUAGCCAUAGACUUAGUAGAUACAGUAUUUUAUACUGUAUUUACUAAACUUUUCUAGCCAUUUUGGGCCAUUUGCCUUUUCUCUGUUUAAUUGUUUACAAUUUCAUUCACUCUGUUAAUUUAAAUGAUAGCAGCCCAAUUAACAUGUUUCAGAGAAUUAUCUAAGAUAAAAUAACACUUUACAUAAGGCCUAUAUAGUAUAUGCUGUUUAAGAAUUGUAUAUUGUCUAGCACUGAAUAGAGCAUGGGACGUGAUUUGUCUGCAAAUUCUUUAAGCAGUCACAAGGCAUUCCUUAUCAAUUAUUUAUCCUCAUUUUCGAUUCAGAGCUGUGUAUGGCGUUACAGGCAAUGUGGGGUUGUGUGUGUGUGUGUGUGUGCGCACAUGUGUACAUGACUGUAUGUGUGUGUGUGCGUUCUCUCCUGGGAAUUGUAUUUCUCAUUAAAUAGGGUAAAUCUCCUCGUUUUGUGGCAACGAAAGAAAUACAAUUGUAUUUGUCACAUGUGUCAAAUACAACAACAGGUCUAGAGUGAUGUGCUUACUAACAAGCUCUUUCCCACCGAUGCAGAGUAAAACAAGAAGAUAAAAACACAAGAGAAAUAACACACAAGAAUGAAGCUAAAUACAGGAAGUACCAAUAUACCAUAUCAAUGUGCAGGGGUACGAGGUAGUUGAGGUAAGUAUAUACAGUGCCUUCAGAAAAUAUUCACACCCCUUGACAAAGUAGGAUUUAUAUGAAUUGAAUUGUAAUUUUUUGGAAACGAUCUAAACAAAAUGGAAGAAACAUUUUUUUUUUUAUUAAAUGGAAAAUAAAACACAAAGUAAUCAACCCUUUGAGUCAAUACAUGUUAGAAUCACCUUUGGCAGCGAUUACAGCUGUGAGUCUUUCUGGGUAAGUCUCUAAGAGCUUUGCACACCUGGAUUGUACAAUAUUUGCCCUUUAUUCUUUUUACAAUUCUUCAAGCUCUGGUUAUUGGUCUUUGCUAGACAGCCAUUUUCAAGUCUUGCCAUAGAUUUGUUUGCCAAUUUAAGUCAACUUAACUAGGACACUCAGGAACAUUCAAUGUUGUCUUGGUAAGCAACUCCAGUGUAUAAUUGGCCUAGUGUUUAGGUUAUUGUGCGGCUAAAAGGUGAAUUUGUCUCCCAGUGUCUGUUGGAAAGCUUAGCUCUAUUCCAUUUAUUUUCAUUUUAAAAACUCCUUAGUCCUUGCCAAUGACAGUCAUACCCUCAACAUGAUGCAGCCAACUUCAUGCUUGAAAAUACAGAGAUUGUUAGUCAGUGAUGCUUUGUAUUCAGGACAAAAAGUUAAUUUAUUUGCCACAUUUUCUUUGCAUUAUUACUUUAGUGCCUUAUUGCAAACAGGAUGCAUGUUUUAGAAUAUGUGUAUUCU